AUGGAAAGUGGCUCAGCAAACAAAAACUCUCCAGGUAAAAGUAUUAGGGAUUUGGAUGAAGAGGCUCUUUCAAUUUUACUUAAGAUUGUGGAUUUAAACCCAAAUAGUGAUGAAAUUUUAGAAACUAUUAGAAUCAGUGGGUUUGAACCCGAUAAAGUGAGGGAGUUAUUAACAAAGCAACAUCCAGAGUUAUGCAAACGAGUUCAAACAAAUGUUGAGGUAACAGCUUCUAAAAAGGAGGAAGACAAGGAAAUUGAUUCAACAAACAAGAAUGAAAACGAAAAUCUUCAAGCAGAUAAAACAAAUAUUCCACCUGCCUGUAACGCUUCGUCCGAAAAGGUUAUUGAGGAUAAGGUCAAAGCGGAAGUGAUUCCAGAUAGGCCAAUUGCGAAGGGCAAACCUCCAGGUCCUCCACCUCCUUUAAAGUCAAAAUCUAUGGAAAGUCUCAAACCUGAUUAUAAUAUUGGGAGUGAAAGUGCAUCUAUUUCUAAAGGAUCAGGUUCUUCAGCAAAAAGAGCGCCUCCUCCUAAGGCACCUCCUCCUUUGAAGCUAUCACUCAAACGCGCAGCAACAUCUAAAGGGUUUGGAGGACCUACAUCUAAGACUUUGGAACAUGAAAUAUCAAAUGGUGUAAAGCUUGCAGAUAUCGAUUUUGGUCCGGCUCCUCCUUUGGGAUUCGAACCUAAAAGGCUUCAUUGGUCAGUAAUUCCUCCAAACAAAAUAAUUGGAACAAUUUGGGAAGAUAUUCUAAUUAAAAAGGGAGAAAACUCUCAGGAUAUAAAAGAUUGCACUGAAAGCGAUCCUAAUGAGCUUAAGUUUGACAUGAAUUCCAUUUUAGAGCAGUUUUUUGAGGAUAAGAGUACUUUAAUGCAAAAGCUAACCAUAGAUUGCAACAGUAAUAAUUCGUCUACUGGAGGCCCUUCAAAGAAAUAUAGAGUAGUUUUAGACUCAAAAAGGUCUCAGAAUAUUGAAAUAGCACUGAAGGCCUUGCAAUUAUUUGAUUGCAAUAAUGAAUUAGAUCUUUCUCCAAUUAAGGACAUGCUUGGGUAUACAAAGCAGGGUUUAAUGGGUGGGAUUGAUGCUUUUUUGAAGGGAGUCUCUAAAGAAAGGCUUAAAAUUCUAUUGGAUUUGUAUCCUACACCUGACGAAAUUCAGCUAUUAAAUUCUAUUAAAGAAGAAGGUGACAACUCAGCCCUUCCUUUAAGGAGCUCAGAGCUUUUUAUAAUGAAUAUUUUAAGUUUAAAUAGAUUUAAAAUUAGAGCACAAUGUGUCUUGGCAAUGAAAACUUUUGAAGAAGAGUAUCAAAGCUGUUUGGAAAGGCUUAUAAAACUGGAGGAUGCUGCUAUUCAUAUUAGAUCGAGUUUAGAAAAAGGAGGAAUAUUACGUCAGAUUCUACAAUUAAUUCUGAAAAUAGGUAAUUUUUUGAAUCAUGGUACAAAUAGAGGUAAUAGUUGUGGGUUUCGUUUCCACUCUAUAGAGCUUCUAAAGAAUGUGAAAUCUAAUAACUCUAAAAGCAAUCUGCUUAAAUAUAUUUCUAAAGUUGUUUAUGAGCAUUCUGAGGAUAUGAAACAAAAGGUUGAAGUAAUUUCUCAAACCUGUUCAGAAGCUGCUCCUAUUGAUAUUGCUGAUGUGUAUAGAGAUAUGGAGGAGCUUGGAAAAAGCGUAAAUCUUAUUCAGGAUGAACUCAAUUUAUUUUCUUCCAUUCAAUCAGAUAGUUCUAAGCAAAAUACAGAACCGAAGAAUAAAGAAUGCAAAAACAAGGAUGAAAACCAGGAAUUAAAAAUUUCAAUUAAAAAUGAACUUAAAAUUGAGAAUAGCUUAGAAAUUUCGGUUUUUGGGGUGGAGAAUAGAGUAGAAAAAACAGUAGAAGAGCUUUAUCUGGAAAUUGUGGAAACUUUUGUAAAUAACUCUUCUCAAAAACUUGAAAUUACUAAGAAACAACUAAAUGAAAUAAUAUCUAAGCUAAAUGACUUACAAUGUUAUGCUGGCGAAGCUCAAGCUACAGGAAACAAUUCUUCAAAACAAGGAGCUUCCAUUUCAACAUCUUGUGGUGAGAUAAUUAAAAGAUGUGAUAUGUUUUUUAGACUCGUAAAAUACGAAUUUAAUGAGUUUAAAGCUAUAGAAAAGAAGAAAAAAGAGAGAGAUUUAAGAAAGUUAAUGGGAGUUAGAGGGACAAAAUCCAGUGAAAGCUUACCAGCAAUGAAAACUUCUGAUCAUAAUUAUAGCUUGCUUAAAUCAUCCCCAAGUUUGAUGGAAAAACAGAGUCAAGCAAUUUCCGAAUUCUCUCCUGUUCAUGAAAUUGAGAACCUUUCUCCUUCAAACAAUAUUAAUGAAAACUCGAGUCAAUUAUUAUUGGAAGUCUCAAACAUUACAUUAACUUCAAAUUCGAGUACUUUUUCUUCGUCAGAUUCAUCAUUUUUUCAAGAUCAAAGCCGUACUAGAAGCAAGUCAGGACAAAUUACUCCAACUGCAAACUUGGACCAGACUCCUUUAAAUAAGAAUAGACAAAAACCUGAUAUUCUUAGUUCUUCUCCUUAUAAUCUUCAUUCUGGAUAUGAUCCAAUUUCAAGUUCUAUUAUAAGAUAUUCAAAUUGCUUCAAUAAACAAAGUUUUUGUGAAAAUAAUUUUGCGGAAGUUUGUGAUAAUACAAAUAACAUUUAUGAUCUUAAUAUCGUUCAUUCAGAUCCUCAGUUAUACUUUUCUUCCUCAUCUUCUUCCGAUUGCUUAGAAAAUCCUAUUAUGCAAAAUUGUAUACAACAUAAACCUGGAAUUCAUAAUAAUCAUCAACCAAUGCAUUUGAAAUCUUUCUUUGAUAAAAACUCAAAUACUGCAAAUAUUGCUGCCAAAGUUUAUAAUUCUCAGGUUAAUCAAAGCUCAAACAGGUCAAGAAAUCCCAAAUGUGAUAAUUAA